AUGACCGAACAAACCUCGAUAACAACACGUCGAGGCUAUGAACGCCCAAGAGAGCGUAGGGAUCGCAAAGACGAUCGCCGUGAGGACGAUUACGAACACGACAGAGACCCGCCUCCAGCUAAGAUUCGAGUCGAAAACUUGAAUUAUGAGUUGACUGAGGAUGACAUAUAUGAUCUCUUCACCCGCAUUGGCCCUGUUCUAGAUGCGAAGCUUCGCUAUGAUCGAGCUGGACGGUCCGAUGGCAUUGCGUUUGUUACAUACCAACAUCUAGCGGACGCGAGAGCUGCGAUCCGUGACUACGAUGGUGCAAAUGCAAAAGGUCAACCAAUCCGUCUCACUCUUCUCCCACCGCCGCGCCGCGACAAUCCCUUCGACAAGGUUGAGAACCCAAAGAGCUUGUUUGACAGAAUUGAAGCCCCUGGGGGACGUGACCGAAGGCGAAGUCAUAGUCCAACGGACGAGGUCGAAGAUGACCAUGGUGCCCGACGAGGACUCCGAAGAGCCCCUGGACCACGAGACAGAAGGAGUGAUGUCACAAAGCCUGCACCGGAUGGCAUUGACCGUUAUAUUCCCGGGCAACGGGGUGGAAGAAGUUCUAGUCACCGGGGUGGUGGUCGACGUCCUGGCGAGAGACGUGAUCGUGUGCGAGACGGUGAGGGCCCGAGAUUGGCCAAUGGAAGACCUCGAAAGACUGCUGAAGAACUCGAUGCGGAAAUGGACGAUUACUGGGGAACCUCUGGUGCUGCCCAGACUGAGAACGGAAAUAGCACGGGUGUUGCUCCUACUACCACAGCACCUGCUAGGGGUGAUGACAUUGAUAUGAUUGAAUGA